CUGGGCCUGCUUCCCCUUCCCGUCCGCAGCUCCGCAUCCCGCAAGAAUCCGCCAAGACAACGCAAAUGAUUUCCAACCAUCCCCAAUAAAAAAAAAAAAAAAUAGAGGAACAUUGAGAAAGAAAAAAAAGAAGGAGCACUUCACUGAGCAGUGGAGAAUCAAACGCAGUUUUAUAAGUGAACUGAAUCGAACUGAACCGCAUCAACCAACCAACGUUCCCCAGCCGAAGCCCAUAAGAUGGAUGUCAAUCCCCUUGUCAACUCCCUCAUUCCCUCCUCCAUCUCCGUUGGUUUGCUGCUCUCGUUCUUCACGUACUUGGCAGUUGCUGGAUCUAUCCUGCCCGGAAAGAUUGUUCCUGGGGUCACUUUGACUGAUGGGACUCGCCUCCAUUACCGUUGCAACGGAUUGCUAUUGCUGCUCGUUUUGAUUGCCCUUCUUGGAAUCGGGACCCAGUUGGAUAUUGUAUCGCCUACUAUAAUUGCAGACCGAGGGCUUGAGCUUUUAUCAACAACUUUUGUGUUCAGCGUUCUUGUCACACUCUUAUUGUAUGUGGUCGGUUGUAAGUCAAGUGAUCAGAACUCUUCUCUGAAGCCUCACGGUACCGGAAACUUGAUUCAUGACUGGUGGUUUGGGAUCCAACUGAAUCCUCAAUUCUUCGGCAUUGACCUCAAAUUUUUCUUUGUUAGAGCUGGAAUGAUGGGUUGGCUCCUCAUCAAUCUAUCCAUUCUCUUAAAAGCUCUCAAGGAUUCAAAUUUAACACAGUCAAUGAUCCUAUAUCAGAUAUUUUGUACGCUAUAUAUUAUUGAUUACUUUUUCUAUGAAGAGUUCAUGACAUCCACAUGGGACAUAAUUGCAGAAAGAUUGGGAUUCAUGCUAGUUUUUGGAGAUCUAGUCUGGAUUCCAUAUACUUUCAGUAUCCAGGGUUGGUGGCUCUUGCAUAACAAAGUGGAGCUAACAACAGCUGCAAAUGUUGCAAAUUGCCUUGUCUUUUUCAUUGGUUAUGUUGUGUUUAGAGGAGCCAACAAGCAGAAGCAUGUUUUUAAAAAGGACCCCAAAGCACCAAUUUGGGGUAGGCCUCCAAAAGUUAUUGGAGGAAAGUUGCUAGCUUCAGGUUACUGGGGCAUUGCAAGGCACAGUAAUUACCUGGGGGAUCUAUUGGUUGCACUAUCAUUCAGUUUGCCUUGUGGUAUAAGUUCCCCAAUUCCAUACUUCUACCCUGUGUAUCUUCUUAUUUUGCUUGUAUGGAGAGAGAGAAGAGAUGAAGCCCGGUGUGCACAGAAGUACAAAGAAAUCUGGAACGAGUACUGUAAUCUUGUCCCCUGGAGGAUAUUACCGUACGUUUAUUAACUAAAAUUACCAAUAAGCUGGAAGCAUGUAUUGACUUAAUCGGGCAUUGCAAGUUCUGGUGUAGAAUUCUGUGUCUGGGAAGAGUAUCCUGUUGUUGUACAUGAAUUUGUGCUAUCACUUGAUUAGAGCUUUUUGCUUAAUGAAACAGAAUUAGAGCUUUACAA